AUGAGAAGUUUUCUCGAAAAUCGAGAUCGAUUUGGGAAGGCCCCUUCUGGAAUUGAACAUGUUGGAAUAUUGAAGGUGCCUGUUUUUUUUUUUCAAACAACAUCUGGAUUAAAUGUUUCAGAAGGCUGUAGACGAGACUCAAUUUUUUAAUUCUGGUCUUCGCAAUAAUCAAAGAAUUCAUAAUGCGCGACAUGUCAAGUUCGAGGAGGUUUGUUGUAUAAUAAAGUUUUUUUAAUUUAAAAAAAUUGAAAGUUUCUGCAUUAUCGUGAAUUUAGGGGCCUACAAGUCCAAGAGAAGAUUCGAUUCAGAAUGUCAGCUCCCGGAAAAGUGAAAGAAUUCAGGGUUUGCAAAAAUCAAAUUUUGAUGAGGUACUUUUUCCCAAUUCCUUUAAAAUGCGUUGUUUUCCGUUUUCUCUCGGAAGAACGUCUCAAAAUUUGUUGAAAAAUUGCAAGGCUAGUCAAUUCAGACUUCUUUUUCAAACGGUACGACAAUCCGGACAGUCGGCUUUACGAAUAACGAAUCAAUUCAAACUCCUCAAAUGAAAUUCAGAGGGGUUUGUUUUCAUAGUUUUUUUUUUGUGAAACAUGAUGCUUUUCAAAAUAAAUCCAAAAAUGUGAAUUGCUACGGUAUUAGGUUAAAUUAGAGAAUCCUUUAGGGCUGAAGAGUUGUUAAAAUCGAAAUUUCACGCUCAAUAAAUUAUGAUUGAUAUAGAGUAUUUAAGACAGAUGAAAAGCUUGUAAAAAUUCGCUAAUUUUUGUAUUUUUUUUUUCAGGAUUCAUUUCCUCGCUUAUUGUAUUCGGACAGGGAAGGAUCAAAAUUGCUGGAAAUGACCGAUUCUGUUGGUUUUUUUUUCUUUUGAACUUUUCGAACAGUUUUUGAGUGUUUUGAUUUGAAAAAUUAAGCUUUUAAUUCAAUAUUGUUUUCCAUUCAAAGUUAUUGAAUAUUUCAACUUAAGUCCUUUUUUCAACUGCUUACUUUGUGAGGAACCCUUUUUUGCUCCAAGAACGCUUCUUAUUAAUUAUCAACCUCGAAAAAAGAAACGCCGAUCCUUUUGAAACCGAAAACUUGCGUCUCUUUUCCGAUUUCGUUCAGAAACCAAUCGGUAAGGUUUAGGAUGAGACGGAAGAUUGUGCAACUACAGCUACAGAAACCAUCAGAAUUUCAAGAGCUCUGAGAGAUAGAAAAGAAGUUUUUCAGUUUUCUUUUUUGAUCCCUUAAUCAUAACUUUUAGGGCAAGUGUUUGAAACUAAAAUACGGCGUAGUCCAACGUCAGAAGCAAAAAAAGGCUCUUGCGCGGUUGUUUAUAGAGGUAUUUUAGAAAUCAUGCGAAGGUCGCAUGUUUAAUUGCUCGAAAAGCUUUGCUUCAAGAAACGAAAACUUUAUUUGACGGCUUGAAACACCAGUUUCAACAACCGCAUCGAGCCAUUCAAUGUGUGACCUCGGCUCAUACUCUACAUUGUUCAGUAAUUUUUAGGAGAGCCAUCAUAAUUUCGGUACAACUAUCAAGACCUUUGGAGAAUCAAUGAUCUUUCAGGAGGAGCAGAAAGAAGUUAUUUAGAUUUUCUUUUCAAAAGUUCUUCAAAUCAUUAUAGAACGAGUUUUUGAAGAGAGAAGAAAAAGAAAUUCAGCGACAGGAGCGAAAAAAGGCCGUUUCACGCUUAUUUAUGGUACUUUAAAUGGAGGAAAUUUUUUUUAAUAUUCACACGUGGAGUAUCUCAAGCGUAGCGGUUAACAGCCCCAUCUCAAAUUUGAAAAAAAAUUAAUUUUUAUUAGAACAGCGCGACCGCGACGGUUUGAGCCAUUCUACCUGCGACCAGAAAAAAUUUCUGGUCGGCGCAAUUAAAUCUGUGUGAUUCAGGUAGAUGAAGGAAAUUCUAGCACAACCAUUAAAACAAUUGGAUUUUUAGAAGAUUUACGCGAGCAAAUCGAAGUUAGUCUUUAUUUUUUUAUUUGAAAUUUUUUUAUUGAUUUUUUUAGAGCGAUUCACUAGGAGAAGAAGAAGAAUUUCAGCGUCGAGAACGAAAAAAAUUUCGAGGUCGUGGCUAUUCACGAAGGUUUUCCUCAAAAGAAAUCAUGUUAAAUCCGUGGCGCACUUGAAAUGAGCAGAAGCGAAACGACUGCGAAGCGGAUCUUUUUGUCAGAUUAGAAAAAUACUUGCAGAAUGGUUAUUGAAGCCAUUCUAGGUGCGAUCACGGCCUCUAAAGUCGCCAUGAAAAGGAUUAAACUAAUUUUCAAUUUUUUUUAGGAAGGUGAGGAAAAUUUUGAUACAACUAACAGAAGCGUCGAUGACACACAGUUUUGGAGAGAGGAGGAAGACGUUUGUCAAUAUAACUUUUUGAGGUUGUAGCAAUCAAUCGAUUCCAGAGAGAGUUUUCAAUAAGAGAAGAUGACGAAUUCCAGACUCAGGAGUAUGAUGAAGUAGAAUCGCAACAAUUCAUGGAGGAAGAAAGUUCUGAGAGCAUCAUGAUAACCAUUGGAAAUCCACGAGCAGUGAGAAAGGAAAAAAAAUUGUUUUUUGAAAAUAUAUUUUACAGAGCGAGCUUCUAAAACGAAUGAAAGGCCAAAAUCAGCCCCUUGAGCGUAGAAAUGGCACAUUGCGGCAAUUUAUGAUGGUAUUUUUCUUUAAAAAUCAAUAUUACCCAUGGUCGCGCGUUGAAUCGAAUUUUUGGACGUCUAAUUUGAAACAACACUUUCAACCAUUCCACAUGCGACAAUUUCCGUUCAAUCCGUGCUAAUGGAUUUUACAGAUUUCUUUUUAGGAGAGUGAGAGAGCUUACGGUACAACCAUCAAAACUAUUGGAAACACUGGAGAAGAAAACAAUCAGAAAAAAGUUAGUCAAUAGUUAUUUUGAAUUUUUUUCUGGCUAUGAAAUGCUUUGAGAUGCGUUCAACAGAUUUGCGCGAAUAGACUUGAAAUCUGCUGAUUUCAAACAUCCAGUUAGAAUGGAGCUACCGCGAAGCUUUUAGCCAUUUCAUUGUCACGCCGCGAUUAUGUUAUGAAAAUAUACUUUAGGAAAGUGAGGAAAUUCGUUCUCCUGAAACCGUCGAAAGUCCAAAGUUCGCGAAAAAACAAGAAGAAGUUUUUUGAAAUACUUUUCUUCGAUUUUUUUUUUCUCAUAAUUAUUAGAGCGAGCCUUCGAGACGUGUCAAAGAAGAAAAUCUGCGUCCGGAACGCAAAGGCGGAAUUUUGAGGCUGUUCAUGAUGGUAUGUUCAGAAAGCCGCACGUAGAAUGGAAAAAUAGGUGCGCCCGACAUUAAAACUACUUACGCGUCAACAUGCGAGUCUACUUGCACUUCGAAUUUUUCAUCCAUUCUACCUGCGGCCAAGACUUUCUUAAUCAAGUACAAAUUGAUUUCACUAAUUGACUUUAUAGGAAAGUGAGAAAGCUUACGGCACAACAAUUAGAACCAUCGGAAACUCUGGGAGAUCCAGGAAUCAGAACGACGAAGUUGGUCAAAAUUCGUUUCAGUGAAACUUUUGAAAAUAUAAUCCUUCCAAACAAACGUCCUUAAAAGAGGCGUUAGGGUUUUUUGUAGUGUUCUUUGACUCAAGCUUAAAUUAAUUUUCAAUUUUUUUCGUUUUUCCAUCCAAAGUCGGAAGUUCCGAAAUUUAGAGCUGGCAAUACUUUAAUAUUUUUCUUUUUGCAUUACUUUUCAAGACUUGAACAAGAAUACUUAAUUUUUUGAACUUCAAACUUGAAUUUCUGUUUGCAUUUCAAAAGCUUUCACGUCUAUCAGGACUCAUUUCCCAUUUGGAAACAAUCAAGAGCACUUUUUCAAAUGUUUAUCUUUUCAACCUCCGUCUUUUUCUUCUCUCUGAUGUUUCAUCUUCUUUUAUUUGUAAAUUCACUAAUUUUUCCAAGAUGGCGACAAUUUCCAUCUUUUUUUCUACAAUUUUCGUAUUUGAUUGGAAAUAGGAACUCCUAUUGUGACACAUCUCGUGAUUUUUUAUUUGAGGCAUUUUUCGUGGUUCUUUUCGAUGGCUCAGACCAUAAAAUGGAGGAAGUAUGGGAGAUGUUUCUCUGCUGUCUCUCUUCAAUUGGGAAGGUUUCUAGCGUUCGACUAUCGAUGAAUCUGCAUUAUGGGAUCAAUAACUUCUACAUAUUCGCCCAAAUUUAGUUUAACUUUAUAGACUUUUCCUUCGCAAGGUUCCGAAUUCCAAUAACUUUUGAUUAGUCCAAGGGAACGCGAAAGAGUCCCAUAUGGGAGACCGAGAAUGAAUGUCAAGUGUCAACCAUUUACACUGUGAGACAAUCGCGUUGGAGCAGGUGCGAGUAAUUAGUCAAGGGGUCGAUAACGCACCUUUUCACCUCAAAUUGAAUCUUUCAUUUUUUCCCUUUUUCUAUUUGUUUUUUUUUUAGUUCGAUUUUCGCAUCUUUUCUUCCUUUAUUUCUCCAUUUUUUUUUUUUUACAUCAAACCUCUUUCUCUUUUUUUUUGUCCGGAAAACAAUUAUCUUUGGAAAAAAACCGAUUAUCAUGACCUUCAUCUUCAAUUUUUUAAAAAUUGCUUCGACAAUUUGUCCCGACAAAUGCCACCUAGGCGCCGACCAAGGGUCCACUCCAGGGAUCCUGUUAAGUUUCUCUCUUUCUGAUUUUCCUCACUGGAAAUUUCAGCUUCAUAGCAGCUUUUUUUUCGUAAAAAAAACUUGAUCCGCUGAUAGAUUGAAGUAAGUGUUUUAAAACUGAGUCACGAAUUUCAGAAGGUUUUCUUCAAAAUUGAGUUCAUAGCCUUUUAUUAAUUCUUCAUAUCAAUUUAAAUUAUCAAAUCUUUUCGAAUCCCUAAUAGAAGAGAAUCUAAGUGGAAAAGUUGAAAAAAAAGUUUUUAAUGAAAAGAAAUAAAAAGUUUUUCUUUUGACAUUAUUGUCUUGCCUUCGUUUUUUUGGAAAACAUCUUUUUUUAUUUUUCUUUUGUUCUCACUCUUUGUCCCAUACCUUGCCUUGUUUGAAAAGUUUGAAAAAGUUUUGAAUUUUCAGAGGCGUAGUUCAAUGAUGGUCGGCUGUGUAGCAGAAGCCGUCGCUGACACUACGCCCGAUGAUUCACCCACGAAAAAUCCUCCUGGCUCUUUGCCAACGAAAAAGCCGGUAAAUUUUUUCUCGAGAUGAUGGAUCUAGUUCGAGGUUUUAAGAAAAGUCUGAAAAAGCAGCCUUUACUCCAAAAAUUUUAAAACAGAUGAAAUUUUGUUUUUUUCUAUAUAUUUUCAAAUUUUGAAUUUUUUCAGAGACGACCCGAUCAGCUGUUGUAUACACCACGUCAAAGAGCUCUCGAGAGUCCAAAUUCUUCAGAAAAAGUCGGGAAUUCUCCACCGAACUUCAGGGUAUUUUUUAUUUAUUUGAAAUUAGCUGGUUUAUAAUGAAAUUAAAAAAAUUCAAUUUACUAGGCAAUUCCUUGACUAUGAGCGAGAACCUUUUUUUGCGGAUUAUUGUAAAAAAAUUUUUAUUCUAGCAUAACCUCUAUAAUUGUCUUUUUCGCUUCAUCCUCACAGUACGAGGGAAAAACUUUUUUUCUAAUUACUCAGGAUUCAUCGUAUCAACAAAAGAUAUUUCAUUCUCUGAAACUAUAUUCUUCAGAGAGAAGAAAAGUCGGUUUCACCUUUGGCUCUGCCAUCGAGAAGUCCAAUGAAAGCUCUGGCGAGAAUCGAGAAAAAAUCGCCACUGACAAAAAAAGAGGCGUCGCCCCAACGGGUGAUACAACGUUUGAUCCAGCACAUUUCAAGUCCUCAGAAUGGCGAUAGAAAAGAACCUCGUGACUUGAUGAAGGUAUUUUCAUCCUUGCAAAAUAUUUUUUCAAAAAAAAAACUAGAAAAACAUUUCCUGGUUAAAAAACCAUUUUUUUACCAAAAAAAUAAAUUCAAAAAUUGAUUUAAGCUUGGUUAAAAAUCGAUAGUUUUUGGGGAAAUUCUCUUUUUUUCGGUAGAAUGUUGACGUAACUCAUGAGGAAGUGAUUUUUGAUUUGCAUUUUGUGCUUUUGAAGAUCGGAAAUCUGAUUGUGUUAAUGAUUUUGACUUUUUUUGUCAAAGUUUUCCAAAUUUUAUGCAUUCGUUUCCAUAUCAAUGCGUAGAUUAGCGAAAAAUAUUUAUUUUAAUGCGAUAUUCUUUAAAAAAACUAUCUCAAUUUUUCAUUUAAGGAGAAAGAUUUGAAGAAACUCGUCGAAACUCCGAGUACUUCUUUCGACUGCUGCGAGGUAUGAAAAAUCGAUGAAAUUAUUAAAUAUUAAAAAUCAUUUAGCAUGAAGAAAUACGUCCUGUGAAAAAGUUUUCCAAGCCUACACUUUCAAAGGAGUUUUGUGAAAAGGUUCUUUCAUUCAUCUUUCCCUUGAGGUAGCUGAUUUUCCAGGUCCUUGGAACGUUGAGUAGUGAACCAAUAACCGCUCGAACAAGAAGAUCUUUGAAACAGGAGCAGAAGUCCGAGGAAAAGAAAGAAGACGAACCGGUGGGAAAUGAAAAAGGAGGAGGGGUUUUAAUAUUUCAAAAUUUGAGCUGAAAUUCAUCGAUUCGCACUUCCAUCCGGAUUUUAUCUACAAUAAGAUUCCGGGCAAGAAACAGAACGAUGGUCUCGAUGAAUGGGUCCAAAAAUAUCCGAACGCGUUUCCCGAUAGCUUCGAAGGUACACCUAUAUUUCAUGUUCUCGGUUUUUAUUUGAAUUUUUCACUCUAUUUUUCAUCAGUUAAAUUGAAAUUAAAGGCGCUAUCGCCAACUUCAUCGACGUUCCCAGAUACCUGGAGCAAAAUAAAAAUUCUACCAUCAAGUGGAUUCAGAGGGAAAUUCAGGUAAUCUGCUUCUUGAAAUUGAUUUAAAUAAGAUUUCCAGUCGGAACUCUAUGUGGGAGCGACGUAUGGCAUCCAUCCUCACUUUGCCGAGUGAGUUUUUCAGAUUUUCCCUCGGUGAAAUUAUCUGAAACUUUGCAUUCAGAUGCAAGACGGAGGCGUUCGAUUUCAUCGAAUCGAUUCUGGAAGAAAAUGACUGGCGACGGUGGAAAUUGGUUGGCGUCGGAGAAUGCGGCAUCGACCUUUACAAGUACUACUCGGCUUUUUUUUUCUUUUAGCAAGUUUCAACUAAAUUAGAGAAAUUUAAUCGAACAGAGAAGCUUUUAAAUGAUGAAUAUUAGAUCUUCUGGCCAACACUUUUAUAUUUGUUCUUCCAGAAGUGAAGCGUCUCUGCAAGCGCAGAGAUACACGUUCCAACAACAGAUCUCGCUGGCCCUCAAGUACGAAAAGACGCUCGUUGUGCACUGCCGAUCGGCCGACAAGUACAAGGCCGCCGAAGACGAAUGUAUCAAAGCAAUCAUCACGGUGAUUCUCUUGUGGAAGUUAGAAUAAAAAGAGUUUUUGUUCCAGGAAAUGGACAAAAAGGGCGGAAGUCGUGAACUUCACAUCCACCGGCAUUGCUACACCGAAGAUUGGCCUACGGCCCAAAAAUGGAUCGCCAACUUUCCAAACGUCGUCUUCGGUGCGUAAAGUUUUUUUUUUUCGUCUUCCAAGCAAGCUUUGAAUGAACUACAAAAUAAUUUUUCAUAUUAGACUUUUGAAAAUCGCUCUGCUCUCGAAAAAUCUACUCGAGAACGAAAAUGACGCAAUAUGACGUCAAUAAGUUUGAAGGGGUAUUGUGAAGUAAUUUAUGCGUAAUAUUGCAUUAGAUUACGUCACUUUUUUUUGAAAUCCGUCAUUUUUCCUGUCCAAGUUUUGAGAAUCACGCAGGGUUCAUUUCAAUGUUUCAAAUCCUAGAAGAAAAAAUCGAACUGAAAUGGAGAGAAAAAAAAAGUUUUCCUUCUGGUGAAAUUGAAUAAAAUUGUUGAAAAUGCAAAGUCAGAAAGUGGGAUAACGUCUUUUCUUGUAACUUUGAAGUUUAUAAAAAUUUCAGAAUCUCUAAAUGGAAAGCAUUAUUUAUGAAAAAACUGAUUAUUCAUGAGAAAAAUUAAGUUUUUUAAUCGAGACUGUGCUUUAUCUUCAUUUUCCAGGUUUCACACCGGGAAUCGAGAACUUUUCCGAGAAUCAAUUGGAGGCAGUUCGACGGUUGCCGAUGAAUAAGAUAAUCCUCGAAACGGAUGCUCCCUACUUCAAACCUCCAAUUUUCGCUGACGCUUCUCCGGCUAAAAUCGCCCUUCCAGGAAUGGGUAAGCUCCAAUUUAUCCUCAUCUUCGAACAAUUUCUUUUUGCAGCCGUUUCCUCCGCCAUAGCGAUCGCUGAGGCCAGAGAGAUGGAACUGGAAGAUGUUCUCAGGCAAUGCUACAAGAACACGCGGCGCGUAUACCGCCUCGAUGAAGAUUCUUAA